AUGAAGUCACUAUUCCUAUUGUUAGCCGUGGUGAUUAGGUUCUCGCCCAUCUACGCUCAGACGGAAACUAUAGGAGGGGACGAACCCACGACUACCGAGUCAAAUGAGGCGGUCACGCAUACUGUUCGGGUCGGAUUACAACAUGACUUUCAGCCUGAUACGAUAAAUGCGAAUCCUGGCGAUACAAUACGGUUCAACUUCUACCCAAAGAACCACUCCGUCGUUCGAGCAGACUUCAAGAAGCCCUGCAUACCGUGGGAGUUAACCAAUGACCCUGCUGAGACCUUCUUCAGUGGUCCGGUAGAACAAGAUACGCUGCAGACGCCAAUUCCCACUUGGGAUUUAAAAGUGAAUAGUACAGACCCAGUCUUUUUCUAUUGUUCCGCACCCGGUUCUUGUAUCGAUUGGAAGAUGGUUGGCGUCAUUAACCCGAAUAAGACAUUCACUUUGGAUAUCCAAAAAGAAUUUGUCGCGAACUCGACGUUUCAGCUCAGUCCUGGUGAAGAAUUCCCAGACGAAUCAUCGCCCUCCAGUACAGCGGGGUCAGGUAGUAAUCCAACAUCAACGCCCGAAGACUCAUCCGGUGGAUCUGGGAGAACAUCACUCUCCGGCGGGGCUAUCGCGGGGAUUGCUAUCGGAGGUGUUGCUGUCAUUGCUGGCAUUGUCGCCUUGGUCUAUAUCUGCGGUAGGAAAGGCGGGAUCGAAAAGGGAUACCGACGAAGCAAAUUGAUGAAUACGGCGCCGCCGCAGAUAGUCGAAGCGAACUACAACGACUAUGGCGCCAAGAGUCCUCCCAUGGGUUCGCCUUACGCCGUGUCGUACGUGGAUCCGUACAGAUCACCAAGUCCUGGAGCCAUAAGCUCUCAAGUUGGAAGUCCACAUAAUUCGUACUUAGGGCAUCCGAGCCCCGGGAUUCCGCCAUACGCUCCUGUCAGCCCUCCUUUUCCUGGACAGGAACAAUACCCGUUGUUGUAA